AUGGGCGUCUGCUCCUCCUGCCUCGGCCGGAAUCGAGACCGUGAUGUGUCCGAAGAAGACGAACAAACGAGACUUCUCUUUGACGACGCCCACGCAAAUCACUAUGGUAGCUUCGGCGACCACAAUCCAGGAGCAAUACAGACGGAUCCGCAAGAGGUUCAGCGGGAGACCGAAGCGCUGCAGAAGGUGGUUACAAUGACGUCGAAUCACCUGGUCGAUAUUUUUGCUAUGAUACCGCAGAACGCGCAUCUACCAUCCGUACCGCCCUCAAGGACCACAGUCUACCCUGCCCAAGACGCCAGAUAUACACGGUAUCAAGACGUUCUGGCAAAAAUCUCUGCAGCCGACGCCUCAGGAAAACACAGUCAACUACCCCCAGACCUUACGCCUAUUGUGUCGGAUGGUUGGUUGUCUGACGAUGAAGAGGGAGAGGAAUCGAAGGGCUAUACCCCCGUCAAGUCAGACGGCAUAGGCCGAUUGCUUGGAGGAUUCGCAGAUGUAGAGCUAGCUAUGAAGUGA